AUGGCAGAGCCCCCCUCCCCCAACCACAAACAGGAUGAAUGCACGGACAGGGCAUGCAGUUCAGAGAUCCACUUCGCCAAAGACAUGGCAAGAAGAAAAGCCAUCUUGAGGGAAAGGGGCUCCAGCCCCAAACUGGACAAAGGCUCAAAAGGAGACUCCGACAGAGCCCGCAACACUAGCUGCAAAUCCCAUGACGGGACCAUGGGGGACUGUGAUGGCCUGAUAUGCCUAGCCACCUUCAAAAACUGGCCAAUAAGGGGUUGUGCGCCCAACGUCCUACCCUCAAUGGGAUAUGACGAACAGAUAUGGCGACCACAUAGCCCCUUAAAGUGGACUCAGUCAGCCCUCUCUCUAACAGGGAUUGCAAAAACAAGAGGACCCCUGUGCCCCACAAAAGAUUGGGCUCCGGCCUCUCUCAGCACACCACUGGCUAAACCACUCCCAUCGGCCAGCAUAAAGCACUCUGGAAGAGGGAACCCUAGCUGCCUGUAG